AUGACCGAGAAACACGAUAUUCCCGACAAUGCGUCCUUGACGCCCUCCCAAGCUGCUGGCAAGACAUUCGCCACCCAUAACCUCCACGGCGGUGAACAGCUUGAGAAGCGAUACAGUCCUCUUUCUGUCCUCGCUUUUGCCUUUACCACCACCAAUUCUUGGAUGGCCUUUGCAUCAGGCAUUGCCAUACCGCUUGCUUGUGGUGGAGGACCCUCGAUCAUCUAUGGCUUGAUCGCUGGUGGCGUCAUCAUGGCCACCAUCAACAUUGGUUUCGCUGAAUUGGCUUCAGCGUUUCCUUCGGCUGGUGGACAGUAUCACAUCGUCUUCAUGGCCUUUCCCGCGUCUACACGACGCGUUGCUGCUUUUUAUACUGGUUGGAUCUCCAUUAUCUACCUGAUGGCUGCGACAGCAUCUUGCAACUUUUUCGCUGCCAGUUCUGUUCUAGAUCUUGUCCAACUGUGGCACCCAUCAUAUAACAUCCAGGCUUGGCAUACGUAUUUGAUGCAUAUCCUACUGUGUAUUAUUGCCUUUGCCGCCACUUCCCGGUUCCCUGCUGCCAUCGGCCGCUUGACUACUACCAUCUUCUGGCUGUCCUUAGUUGGUUUCAUCGCUUCUAUGGUCACUCUUCUUGCUGUUAGUGAUCACAAGCAGUCAUCUUCUACUGUCUUCAAGGAGUACAAGAACGUCAGUGGAUGGGGAGAUGGCUGGGCAAUGAUCACCUCUAUCACUGCCUGCUUAUGGGCCUACAGUGGCGUUGAUGGUCCUACCCAUUUGGCAGAAGAGGUGCCAAACCCAAGUAAGAAUGUUCCUCGGGCUAUUUUCUUGACCAUUGGCCUCGGUAUCUCCACUGUCGUUGCCUGGACUAUCGCCCUUAUGUUCUCCAUCAAGGAUGUCGAUGCCAUCAUUGAGUCGACAGUACCUAUUCUCGAGGUCUACAACCAAGCUCUCAACAACAGAGUUGCCACCACCAUCUGGUCUGUCUAUUACAUCGUUAUGUUCUACGAUAUUGUUCUAAACUUGUUCAUCUUCUCUGGUCGAACCAUAUGGUCCUUCUCCAGAGACGGAGGUGUCCCAUUCUCAGCAUUCCUGUCACAUCUCAACUGGGCCAGUCCUGUUCGAGCUACUGCAGUCAUGCUUGCCUUGCAGAUCAUUAUUGGAGUUUUGUACGUUGCUUCAAGCACUGCUUACAACAGCUUUAUUGGUCUUACACUGUUCGCGCUCAACAUUACUGUCACUCUUCCCCAGGCCGCGCUACUUGUUCGAGGGCGUAGUUGCCUUCCUGAGAGAUCUUUCUCACUUGGUAAAGCAGGAUAUGCCGUAAACACUGCGGCUACACUAUUUGUUGCAUUGUUCUCUGUCAGCUUUUGCUUUCCUGCCUUCAUGCCUGUCACGGCAUCUUCAAUGAACUAUCUUAUCGUAGUUAUGGCAGUUGGCCUGGUAUUUACCACUGCACUCUGGUUCGGUGGUCUUCGAAAGACGUUCACUGGACCCCAGGUCAGUCUGGAGGGCGAGGAUCAGUAG